AUGUCGGUUCGAGGAUUUACUACUACGGCCCGAAAACUGUUGGAGCUUGUGGGGAAAGUUUCUUUGCAAGAUGUCACAAAGGUAAACGAGACGAGCGGAGCGAAUUGGGCGGAAAACGUACAGAUUGUCGCGAGCGCAAUUGAGAAUCAGAUGUGGUCUCUUACGAAAUCCAGUGAGUUUCAUUUCCUCCCCUCCUUUGCACCUUACUGA